AUGACUUUGUAUUGUGCAUUUUCAGGUGUCCAGUCUGCAGAACAACUUACCCAGUCAGAGCCAGCUGUGAUAAAGCCGGGGAACUCUCACACACUGACCUGUAAAGCGUCUGGAUUCACUUUCAGCAGCUACUGGAUGUGCUGGGUCAGAGAGAUUGGAGGAAAAUUACAAGGGCUAGCUGAUAAUAGCCCAGAUGGCAAUACCAAGUGCUAUCAUGAUGAUUUUAAAGGAAGAUUCACAAUCUCCAGAGAUAAUACUAAUAACAUGUUGUAUCUGAAAAUGGACAAGAUGAAAACUGAAGACACUGCAUUGUAUUACUGUGCAAGGUACACAGUGAUCGAAACAACUCUUACAUGGAACAAAAACUAG